CCGCUUCCUCGAUGGCAUGCAGACCACCAUACAGCAGGCCGGCGCAAGAGUACUCAUCGAAGUCGGACCCAAACCCACCCUGAUCAACAUGGGCAAACAGUGCGUCAGGGCCGACGCACAGGCACUCGACCUCCAGUGGCUGCCGACUAUCGAUCCGAAGACCGACGCGAUGGGUUGCAUGAAAGAUGUUGUCGAAUGCGUCUCGUUCAAGGAGUCCGGCGCACACCAAUGGAAGCAUGACUUCUUCCCGUGGGUCGAGGUGGCACAUCCUGUUCUUGGCAAGCGCGAAGUGCUCCAAAAAGGGUCCACCUUCGAGGGCGUUCUGCGGAAGGAGGUGCGUGCGCUUAUCUCAGAGCACAUCGUCCUCGGAGCCGCCUUGAUGCCAGGCGCAGGCUUCCUCGAAGCCAUGAGCUCGGCAGGAGCGGCCGCAAUGGAGCCUCCCCUGGGCCAGAGCAUCGAUCUGUCCGGCAAGAAGAGGAGUGCUUAUGAUCUCGUGUGUCUUGAAGAGGUCAUGUUCGAGAAGCCGCUGCGGCUUCUCAAGAGAAGAUCUGGUGGGUCUGAGGAGGACAAGGAACAGACGGUCCGCAUCACAGUCAGUGGCGAGGAGGUGUCCAAUCUGACUUACUGCUGCGCUCCACCGCUGGGCAUCGAGUUCCUCUCAAGAGCAGAGGGCGAGGAUGAUUUCUCGGCUCACGGGUCGGCUCGGCUGACGGCAUUCGCUCCUCCAGACGAGGCGAUCACCAGUUCAGUGGAGGAUGUCGGCACAGUCAAGGAGCGGUGUCCUCACACCGCCGACAUCUCAUCCUUCUACUCGCAACUCAAGGCCCUGGGACUUCAGUACGAAGGGCGCUUCCAGACAGUGCAGGACAUCGCCGUGGGAGACGACGAGGCCAUCUCACGCCUCAAGCUGCCAGCCACUGCCGCGUUCGAGAGGGGCUUCGGCUUCCAUCCUGCUCUUCUUGAUGGAGCAUUCCAGACAACUGCCGGCAUCCUGGCGGCAAUCGAGCCCAAAGACAACGUUCGAGCCAAGUCGAAGACUGUUCUCGUGCCCGUGGGUGCGGAGAGGGUCUGUCUUGCCAAGCUUGAUCCAUCCCAGGAGGUCUGGAGUCACGUGAAGCUGGCCCAGAAGGACGACAAUGGUGUGGUCAUCGACGUGACAAUCCAGGACAGGCUCGGACGGCCGGUAGCUGUCUUGACCAACUUGAGUCUGCGUCAGAUGGAGACCACAGCCCCCGCAGAGAUUCCCAGGGAUCUUCUGUGGGAGACGUCAUGGAAGCAACAGGCCAUCCCUGCUGAGGAAGACGACACACAGGAGCCCAAGGUGCAGGCAGCCCCCGUCGAAGAGGAGACCACCCUUAAGGCCAAGUGGAACUGCCUCGUCUUCGGUGCUGCCGCUGACUGGCAACAGACUGCAGAGAGCUUCUUUUCAGCGGCUGUGUCGCUUGAAGAGACCCGGCUUAUCUGCUACGGUGACAUGCCAUCGGCAAUCAACCUCGACAAGCUCUUGUCAGAGAAGGACGGAGACAAGCUACGAUGGGACAGCAUCAUCUACCUUGGAGGACUGAUCGUCGAUUCACGCCCUCUCGAGGACAGCCACGUUGUGCUUGACGUGAUGGGUGAGGUUCUCGAGCUGACGCAGUCCCUUCUCCGUCUGGGAAGGACGAUGGAGCUCCCGAACGUGUGGCUCGCCACAGCAGGCAGUCAGGAUUGUGAGAUCCGCGGCACUGACGAACCAGGUAUGAACGGAUCAACACAGUUGCCACUGCUUGAGGGCUUAAGUCCUUCUUUGUCGUGUGGUCUGCUAUGUCAUGCAGGAGAUCUCCUGGCUCGUCAUGCCAUACAUGGCGGCUUGUGGGGCUUCGCAAAGGUGGCACGGUUGGAGUCCGAGAAUGGCCUCGGACGCAUGAUUCGCAUGAGCUGCGUAGAUCUGGAUCAACCGACAUCGGGCGCGGAGUCAUCACUCCAGCAGCUUCUGUGGGCAAUCGACCAUGAGCGGCCCAAGGAGGCAAAGGACUACGAGCCGGAGAUUGCAGUGCGCUACAACCGCACCGACUCGCCGGCAGCUUACAACCUCUUUUACUCUCGAAUGGCGAAGUCAUCCCUGCCUGUGAGAGGGCACUGCGAGCUGCAACUGGCCAAGCGCGGCAGCCUCUCCAGCCUGAAAGUGCGCCCAGUCUCCAACGAUGCUCGCGAGUCUCCCGCUGCUGGCUGCGUUGAAGUGCGUGUGCGUGCGGUUGGAUUGAAUUUCCGGGACGUGUUGAACGUGAUGGGUCUGUAUCCUGGCGACCCGGGUCCGCCUGGCGGCGAUUGCUCGGGGACGGUCGUGAGUGUUGGAGCCGGUGUGACGCAUCUGAGUGUGGGCGAUGAUGUGUACGGUGUUGCGCCAGGGUGUUUGCGAACGUAUGUGGCCACGGAUGCCCACUUGAUGGCCAUCAAGCCGGUGACCAUGUCGUUCGAGCAAGCCGCGGCGCUGCCAGUCGUCUUCGUCACCGUCGAAGUCGCCUUCAGGGAGCUCGCUAAGGUCCACA